AUGCCAAACACCAGCCUGGAAGAAGAUAACAGCGGGCACGUACCUGAGACCACGGAGGAGGUGACAGGCGCCGAAAGGAGCCGGAGGGGACAGCCAAGUAAAGCGGGAGAAGGAGGCAAAUCCACGCCAGAGACCGAGUUCGAGAGAGUUCCGGAGCCCACACAGAGAGAGCGGCAGACCUCAACCUCUCAACCCGAAGGCACCCGGACUUCGGGCCAUGGAGGCGUUGGGGGCGCUGGGGGCGGGGCGGCGCUGCUGCUGGGGCUCUACGCGCUGCUCUACUACAACUUCGUGGCGGCCACCCGGUGCAGGAACGCGGUCAGCCUGCGGGGCAAGACGGUGCUCAUCACAGGGGGAAAUUCAGGGAUCGGGAAGGCCACUGCGGUGGAUCUGGCCCGGAGAGGGGCCCGUGUCAUCCUGGCAUGCCGUGACAAAGUGAGAGGAGAAUCUGCCAUGUACGACAUCAGACGGGAAAGUGGGAACUCGGAGGUGAUCCUGAUGAUCCUUGAUCUGGGCAGCCUGAACUCCGUGCGAGCUUUUGCGCAGAACUUCUUAAAAUCGGAGCCCCGUCUGGACAUCCUCAUCAACAACGCAGGAAUUCUUAAGGAUGGCCAAACCGCCGAUGGCUUUGACCGGGCCUUCCAGGUCAACCACUUGGGUCAUUUCCUGCUGACCCACCUGCUCCUGGACCGGCUGAAGCACUGCGCUCCAAGCCGGAUCAUAAUUGUGUCCUCAUUUUCGCACAUCUUUGGGAAGAUCGACUUUCACUCCACUAACAAACCGAACAAGUGGAUGAUGGAAGGCACAGAAUCAUAUUUUAACAGCAAACUAGCCAAUGUUCUCCAUGUCAGAGAGUUGGCCAAGCGGCUGAAAGGAACCAACGUUACCUGCUAUGCGGUUGAUCCAGGAGCUGUUAAAACCGAAAUCAACCGCUCCUUUCCAUGGUGGAUAUUUUCGUCCCUUUGGUUCAUGAGGCUGUUUGUCCGAGAUUGUGACGCGGGUGCCCAGACCUCCAUCUACUGCGCCACCGAGGAGGGCAUCGAGAGGCUGAGCGGGCGGUAUUUUGUGGACUGCCAGCCCAAUGUGCCCUCGCCACAGGCCCGCGAUGACCAGCUGGCCAAGAAGCUCUGGGAAUUCAGCGAGAGGCUGCUGGGACUGACCGCUUAAGACGGGAAGGGACCGAGACGGAGUUUGGGGUAACCGAAAGCUGGCAUCCCAUUAACCCGGGAGAUCCAACUGCAGGAGUUGUGGUGUGGCUGAGACAAACGUUGAAUUGCUGAGAAGUUUAAAAACAGGAAAGAACGGUGAGGUUUGUUGUGGUGAGCUGGCCGUAAGAAUCUUUCAAAUAAACAAACCCCAUCGA